UCAAGUCCACACAUUAAGAAUCACAGUGAAUAUCUCUCUCUCCCCUCAUUUAUAUGUGUCCAUUAAUAGCCAUUUCAGUCCCUUAUUUUCAUCGUGCUGUAAAACACAAUUGCAUUUUCUGUACAUAGAAGAAAAUUACCGUGUCUUUCUCUAAGCUUAAUAUGAACACAAUCUCGAGUUUUCAUUCCAGCGCCGGCCUGGGAAUUGGCUCCAACAUCGACGAAGGUAGAUGGGUUGCAUACAUUCGUCAAGCUCUAGAGGAAGAACUUGAAGAAGAGACACAAAUUCCAGCUAGUAUCUUCAAUGUUCCAAAACCCCUAUUGCUGAGUGAUCCGGAUUCUUACAUCCCACAAGAAGUUGCCAUAGGCCCUUACCACUGUUUCCGUCCUGAGCUUUACAACAUGGAGAAAUACAAACUUGCUGCUGCACAAAGAAAUCAGAGAGAAAUCCCAAACAAAAAACUUGAAUAUCUUGUUGAUCAAUACCUCAAGUUUGAGUUCAAGAUUCGAGCUUACUACCUGAAGCCGAUAAACUAUAGCGGCGAAACUUUAGCGUGGAUGAUGUUGGUGGAUGCAUCAUUCUUGUUCGAGUUUCUUCAAGUCUAUGCUGUCGGAAAAGGCAAGGUACCAACUAACGUUCCAUCAAGAAUGUCACAUUUGAUUGAAUUAGCGGCAAAUAAAGCAGCAAAUAACGCCAUAUUUAAAGACAUUCUAAAGGUCGAGAACCAAAUUCCAUUGUUCGUGUUGAGGGAAUUGUUAGAAUUUCAGUUCCCAUCAUUAGAGUUGGCAGAUCAAUGGUUACUUUCCAUGUUACUUGGACUCAGCAAAGAUCUCUCUCCAUUCAAGAUGGUGCAAGAAUUCCCCAAAAUACAGCUCAUGGAUUGUGCUCAUUUACUCGAUUUUGCAUACCGUGUUAUCGUGCCAAAGUUGGAGGAACAAUCUCAUGAUCAUCAUAGAACUGAAAUUGAGGAAGACGGUGAAUCAAAGGAAGGCGAGAAGGAUUCUUUUACAGGCGAACUCGACGGUGAAUCAAAGGAAGGCGAGAAGGAUUCUUUCACAGGCGAACCGAGUUACGUUAGGCGGCUAGUUAAUGAGGUAUGGAAUAUUCUUUCAAAAUUAGGAAAAGAACCAGUUCAAUGGAUCAAAAGCGUAAUCUUUUCAAAAAUUUUAAUAGUGCUUGUGAAGUUGCCUUGGACCAUUAUAUCUAAGGUUCCCGUCUUAUAUAUGUUAAAACAACCGUUGGAACAAGUAUUCAGUGCCUCACAUAAUGAAGGGGAGAAGAAAGAAAAUGAAGAUUCUGACUCAAAUGGUAACACAGAAAAACCUCCAUUGAUAGAAGAAAUUAAAAUCCCUUCUGUAAUUGAUCUCUUUGAAGUCGGCGUGUGCUUUAUGCCAACUAAUGAAGGCAUCCAAAGCAUUAAUUUUGACGUAAAAACAGCCACACUAUAUCUCCCUAUCAUUAGUGUAGAUGUGAAUUCAGAGAUUGUUCUAAGAAACAUGGUUGCAUAUGAAGCGUGCCGAGCAUCAAGGCCGAUGGUUCUGACUCGUUACACAGAAUUAAUGAAUGGGAUCAUUGACACAGAAAAAGAUGCGAGUUUUCUUCGCGAAAGGGGGAUUAUUAUAAACAGUUUGAAGAGCGAUAAAGAGGUGGCAGACCUCUGGAAUGGAAUGAGUAAGUCUAUUAGAUUGACGAAGGUGUCUUUCAUAGACCAAGUGAUCGUAGAUGUUAACAAGUAUUACAGUGGAAUGUGGAAGGUUAAAUGUGGAAAAUUCAUGAACAAAUAUAUAUAUGGUUCGUGGCAGAUUCUCACAUUUCUUGCUGCUAUUAUGAUGUUGUUGCUCAUGUGUUUACAGGCAUUUUGUCAAGUCUUUGGCUGCAGACGCAUUUUUCCUGUCAAAGCCCUUGAACCUGUGGUGACCUACUAGAAUCUUUUCCUCGCCUUACCUUCUCAAGAUUUUUAAAGGUCAUGUUUGUAUCUCAUGUUACGCGUGAAACAUAUCUAUGUCUUUGUUUUGUUAAAAAUGAAAUAUAUUUUGUCACUUUUAGUGCAUUCAGAUGACUCUUGAUUCACUAAGUGGAUUCUUUCUUGCUUUGUUAAAGUCUAAGAAACUUUUAACUCUCA